UUGUGAAAGGGUGCACGUGUUACUAGCUGUCAUGAGGUGUACACAGUGUCCACCACUGUAAUCAUUCUGACAGGCUACUGAAACUGGUUUGCUUCAAUCUGACCUAGAAAUUGAAAAUAAAAAAACUCGAUGAGCGUGCACAGAGCAAAGAACUGUCAAGUCGGACGGCUAGGAUAGCUGAGACAGCGAAAUACUUCCGAAGUCAGUACGCUGAGCUGGAAACCUAAACCUUGGACACCAGUAUGCUGGACGGAAACCUUUAAUCUUGACACCAAGAAAAAAAACAUCUCUCCAAGUCUGAUGGAGCAAAUCAGAAAUGUUAUACGUUCUACAUGUAUGGUAGGAAUUAUACUCAUUCAGUGAUCAGGUAGAUUGUUUGUGAGCGACAGUGGGUUCUGGCCUUUAACUUGGACUUGUCAACGCAAUAACUGGCCAAUUUAAAGUCCAGUCUGGAGUAGGACGGUCAUUAUUGUUUAGGUUUAGUGUGUAUUGAGACCUUUAAAUCGACAGGUACAAUUUAUAGAAGGCAUAUACCGACAUAUAUUGGGUAUUUAAACCUACGAUUCAGAGAAACCUGUUAAAUUCUGUGAUUUAGACAAGGAAAAAGUCAAGUCGGGACACCAUACCACGCAUCAUUAGAUUCUGUUUUUAUUUGACAUGGUUGACUGGAUUCCGGUGGAUAUUUCUGCUGUUGUGUCCUGUGUAAUAGUUCAACAGACUUGUGUGAUGGUACCAGUAUUGUGAACAUUAUUCCAUUCAGUUCAUCCUGCUAACAUUUUUUUAAGUCAUGGCGAAGAGUAAAUUUGAAUAUGUGAAACAUUUUGAGGCGGAGGACAAGUGCCUACCUAAUUGUUGGAUAGUGGUUCGGAUCGAUGGCAAGGCAUUCCACAGAUUCACAGAUGUCCACCAUUACAUGAAGCCUAAUGAUGAACGAGGCCUCGGCUUAAUGACCAAGGCUGCUCAGUGUGUCCUCGAGGAGUUCAAAGAUGUUGUCAUGGCAUAUGGUCAAAGUGACGAAUACAGUUUCAUCUUCAAGAAAAAUACCAAAAUGUUCAACAGAAGAGCUAGUAAACUUAUGACGAACCUUGUGAGCCAGUUUUCCUCAUCUUUCGUCUUUCACUGGGCACGAUUCUUCAACAAGCAGCCUCUCCAAUACCCACCAGUGUUUGAUGGGCGAGUUGUCCUUUACCCUUCAGACAAGAAUCUCAAAGACUACCUCAGCUGGAGACAGGCUGACUGUCACAUCAACAACUUAUAUAACACAUGUUUCUGGAAGUUAGUCCAGGAGAAAGGUCUGUCACCGGCCCAGUCACAGGAACGCCUCAAAGGAACACUUUCCAGUGAUAAAAAUGAACUGUUAUUCUCUGACUUUGGUCUAAACUACAACAGUCUCCCAGAGCUGUAUAGAAAAGGAUCAGUAUUAUUGAGAAUGAAGGAUACGGAUGCUGAUCGGCCUGGUGACAGAGAGUUACAGAAUGGGGUGCGAAGCUUGUCAGUCUCGUUUGAGUAUCCGUCCGACCCAAGCAGUAAACCCCGUAUCAACGUUCUCCAUACAGACAUUAUCGGUGAAAGGUUCUGGCAGGAACACCCUGAAAUAUUAGAUGGAUAGUUGUUAUAGAAAAUUCUAGGUUUUAUCAAAUUUGUUUUCAUGCAAUUUAAGGGAGCAUGUCAGAGAGUAUCUGGAUGCUGGAUGUGAGAAUUAAACAUGAAUUCUGUAUCUGGCGCAGUGUUUGGUGAACAGCUCCUCACAAAAAUUGUCCGAGAUUUUCAUGGGUGUGACUGGAAUCCUGUUGUUCCUCUGGAAAAUGUGAGCAAAUGCAGACUGUAAUUACCAAUUAUUCCAUCUGUAUAAGUAAUCAUGGAAGGUUUUAUGAGAAUUAUAUAUACAAGACACCUGCCAAGUAUGAACAUAAUCUGAAUUGUUCUGACAUAAUUUUUUAUAUAUAUAUAUAUAUCAGUCUGGUGUUGAUUUGAUUUCUAUAUAUAUUUUUUUAAAUGUUAAAUAUAAGAAUGAUAUGGACUGGUAUGAAGAGUGUCAGUGUUGGGACCAGUGUUUAGGUGUAUUUCUCACUGUUAAACUUACAUUAAUGUUUGAGAAAAUCAGGGUUUAAUUCCAAUAUAAAUAAAUCAGUAAUUAGAAAACCUGUCUAUAUUAUGAUGAAUAAAAUAUUUGGUUUUCACUGGAGGUCAGUUUAGACAGGUUUAAUUAAAUUGCAGAAAAUCCGGAUUUAUUCCUGACAUAAAUGAAAUGGUUAUCAUGAAUCCUAUCCAAUAUGAUUAUUAAAAAAUUUGGUUUUCAGUGGAGGUCAGUUUAGACAGGUAUCAUUAAAUUGAAGCAAAUCCAGAUUUAUUCUUGACAUAAAUGAAUACCUGUCUUAUAUGAUUAUUGGUUUCCAUGAAGUUCAGUUUAGACAGGUUUCUUUUUACCCCAAUUUCUGUCCUUUAUUAGAAACCAGUAAUACCUGUCGGUUGACAACCAGAUGCCGUUACCUGGUGUGAACUUGAGCCUGACUGUAUUAUGUACAAGCUAUUAGAUCAAUUAUUUAUAGUAGGUAGAUUUGUUACUGUAUGUAACUUACGCUUUUAUUGAUUUUCUUUCCUCAUUUUCUGGAAUGUUACACAGUUAUUAUAUGUGAGGUUUCAACAUCAAGUCUAAUUAUCUGUGAAUGACACCGAUAUAUUACUUCUUGGCUACAGUUAACAAGAAAUCAAUAAGAAAUUCCAUUCACUAGUGUAUAAGUGAAUGGAGAAAUUAGGUCAAACUUCAUCCUUGGUUCUCGACAAAGAUAUCAGUUUAUAAGACAUGACCAGGCUCAUGAGCCAAGGUUAUGUUUAUCUUAGAGAAUUCUUCAGAAGUAUACAAUGUACUUAAAAUAAUUUUUCGUUAAUUCAUUCAUUUUUCAACAAUAGUUUAAUGAUAUAUUUUCAUAAAUGUGUCAAAUUCCUUUUGUGAAAAUUAAAACAUGACAAAUAUUCAGUGCAAUUUGUGUACCAUUGACUCCAAAUACUGGCACUUUCAAAUUAAUUGAUAAACUGAUGGUAACAGCAUAGAAGUCCUACCUAUCAGAUAUUUUUAUCUACAUACUUGAUUCACAUACCCCAACCCAAAGGCCAGGUGAGAUUAUACUAUGGCAAGGUAUCAUCUUUUUCCUAAGCAUACUUCUAUAAAACAACUGAUCAAUGUGUUACUGACUGACUCCCCUAUUUUGGGGCCUAGGUAACACAAAUAUUGUAGAAACAAAAAGGUGUGUCUACCCUUGUUGAAGAAAAGCAUGACUAAUGUAAAUUUGGUGAAUAAAUUUGACAAAUUCCAUCCCUCAACAAAAUUAACAUGUCAGAAUCAUCCAUGAGGUGCAGGCCAUCUGGAUAUAUGUGCACGGUUACUACCAGUGUGUACUAAUUGUUAAAAUUCAUAAAAAGUUGUAUAGAUGAAGGGUGUGCCUCAGUCACCAUCACCUAGAGAGUCACAGGUGAAGGGUGAAGGGAUUUUCAUCCAGUUUGGCUGGAAUCAUUUAUUGGCUGAUGAAAUUUGUGUCAUUAAAAUGCAUGAAGAGAGUAAGUGGUUACUAAGUAUCAUUUGAAAGAAUAAAUACACAUGCAAUCGUACAUUUAACAAACUUGAUAUUAAACAUGUAUGUAGGUAAUUUAUGAUCAGUAAUCAAAAUUACCAUUAAAAUAUCACCUGUUACAGACAUCCGGAACUCCUCGGGAAAUCUACUUUUGAGUAUUUUGGUGACAAUACCCAAUGAGUUCGGGACAGUGUAACAAAUCAACUCGCCAUUUAAUCAUCCGUGACAAAUAUGUGGAAGUAGAGAAUUUCACCAAAUCUAGAAGUAUUACAAUGAGGAGAAAUAGUUUUAAUGAUGAGAAACUGUUCAUUCCUUUAUCAGAUUUGUAAGUACCACUUGUAUCGGUACAUUGUACUUGUGCUAUACCUGCCCACACCGACCUGCUUCGUGUGGUUUCCUGGGAUCAGAGAUAAUGGAACGAGAUGCUUCUUUUCGUUAAAUAUCUAGACUGGAAAUUAUUCAUAUUUGUUUAGAUUACAUAAAUAUAUGUUGGAGCUAGUUAGAUAUGAAUUUUUUUUAUAUGUUUCAAGGAUUUUUGUUCAUGGCCAAACAGAAAAACCAUCAAUUUUCAUGUUUAAAGCAUAAGAAAAAGGAUCAUUGAUAUGUUUUAGGCAUUUUGCUAAAACUGUCCAUUUGUUACAAAACUUUUUCAUGGUUCAGUGGUGUAUUGAGCAUAGCAUUAAGUUGAUAAAAUUGUGUACAUUUGUUGGGAUGGUGUCACUCUGGCACUAGAACAGAGAUUGGUUGUUCAACACACCGGCAAUAGGUACAGUCCCAACUGACAGUCUAUAGGUAUUUUACGGACAUUUCAUUUGGAAUUCAUGCCAAGUCCCUUAAUUCAUAUUACAAUUGCAUGUAGGAAGUGAAAUACAGAAUGUUUCAUCAACCAUGUUAUAAGUAUAUAGGUCAAGAUCACCAGUCCAUUUUACGUAGGCCAUGAAGUACUGAAAGUAUGGAGGAGUACAAGAGAUAGAAGGUAAAGCAUAGAUGAACAUUUUUCACUAACUGCAAUAGAUAUGGACUGGCUUAUUAUAAUAUGGUACAUGUCCGGUCACAAUGAGUGAACUUCAAGCCUAGAAUGGUUACAUUAUUUUGUAUGACAAACUAGACUUGUCUGCAAGUUUCUGUUGUGACCUUGUCAACUUAACCUUGUACAUGUACUUUGUGAGCGAAGUUACAGAAGUUAAUUACAUGUAUGAUAUAUUCAGCAAUAAAUGUUUAUUAAAUCAAAA